AAGAGAAAAGGGGAAAAAUAUCUCACUUCGCCGCCACCGCCGGAGGGGAGUUCGCCGCCGUGUCUAUCUUCUACUUCUCUUCCUGCCGUGCUCGGCGCCGUGUUUUCUUAGGUCCCGUCCCUAGAAGCAGAUCCCAGCUUCUGUUCUUCGGUUCCUGCGAGGUUCCUUUGCUAUUCGUUGCAGAAUUUUCAGAUGCAAGCGUUUUUGUUUAAUUUGAGGUCCAGCACUCUGAAUGCCUGCUCAACCCUGAGAUUGCUCAAGUAGCAGCUUAUCUGCAUUGAUUGAUGGAGGGUCUCUCAGAGCCACUGCUUGCAGAGAUCAUCAAGAGGAUUACAAGGACAAGUGAUCUGAAUUCUCUUUCCCUCGUGUCAAAGCAGCUCUAUAAUGCCGAGGCAGAGGAAAGGGGCACUCUCCGUGUUGGCUGCUGCCUUCACCCUGCAACAGAAGCCUUGUCAUCACUGUGUGUCCGGUUUCCCAACUUGUGGAAAAUAGAGAUCAAUUAUUCUGGUUGGACGUCCAAACAAGGGAGGCAGCUGGACAACCAAGGGCUUCUUGUGCUUUCGUCUCAGUGCCCUUUGCUGACGGAUCUCACCUUAAGCUUCUGCUCCUACAUCAAUGAUACCGGUAUUGGUUAUCUAGCAUAUUGCAAGAAGCUCAAGGCGCUCAGGUUGAACUUUGCCCCAGCUAUAAGUUCUAGUGGGCUUCUCUCAGUGGCGGUUGGGUGCAAGAGUUUAUCUGCUUUCCAUCUCGUUGACUGCAUGAAAGUAGGAAGUGUGGAGUGGCUGGAGUACCUUGGCAGGGCUGGAUCAGUGGUGGAACUUGUGGUAAAGGAUUGCAAGGGGAUCAGCCAGUAUGACUUCCUAAAGUUUGGUCCAGGAUGGAUGAAGCUUGAAAAGUUUGAGUUUGAGAUCAAUGACAAUUAUUGGUUAUCGGGGCCUCCCCUUGAUCCCUCUUUUGAUGCUCACUAUCAGUACAAAUAUGAUAUCUGUUGUGAAAAUUUGAAGGAAUUGAGGUUGGCACAUAUUAUAACUGUGCCAGAGAUUGGACUUCGUUUUCUAUUGAGGAAGUGCAAAGCAUUAGAGAAACUUUGCCUAGACUAUGUUAUUGGUUUGGAUGAGAGGGAGAUGAUUGCACUGUUCCGGAACUGCAGCAACCUUAGAAGCCUCUCACUUCGCCUCAUGCCUCUACGCUCUGGACCGGGCAUGGAUUUCAGGACACCACUGACUGAUGAAAGCCUUAAGGCCCUAGGUCUGACCUGCCAUAUGCUUGAGGUUAUUGAGCUCACCUUUACAUUUUGUUCCAGUAGGUAUCCAUCAGAAAUAGGCUUCACGCAGGAGGGUAUUGUAAUGCUGGUUCAGUCUUGUCCUAUUCGUGUUCUCAUGCUUAAUGGCGCCAACAAUUUUGACGAUGAGGGAAUGAAGGGCCUCUCGUCCGCACAAUUCCUGGAGACACUUGAGCUUGUGGAUUGCGAAAGGAUUACUGAUGCUGGGAUCAGUUGCAUCACGUCUACGCCGUCCUUGAGCAGUCUCACUCUCCGACAAUGCAAGAAAGUAACUGAUAAUGGGAUGGAUGAGCUGGCACGUUCAUGGAAAUUGGAGUCUCUGACCGUUGUAGGCUGUCGUCGGGUCUCUCGGAAAGCUGUACAGGGGGCUGCCAGAUCAGUUCACUAUUCCACGGAGUCUGAAAGCUUCGCCAGUCUAAAAGGAAUGAUAAAGAUGGAAACAAGUACAUUGUUCCGCCAAAUAUUUUCAUGAAAGGGCCAUGCCGACAAUUCUGAAGGCCAGUGCAGUACAAUAGAAAUAGAAGAAUCUUUGGGAUAUCGCUGGCUGUUAUUUUCCGUUUCCCAUAUAUUAGUAGAGGUUGUAGAUUAUAUGCUGUAUUAAGUAAGUAGUAUUUUCAAAGACGAAUGAUGCCAUGUUCUAUAUUAUUACGAUUAGUAAGUCCAGACUUUUGUCGAAGCUCCUUUGUACAUAUGAAAAUAAAGCCACCGGGUGCAUUGCAGACACUAAGAAAAUGUUCAAGAUUAUCAUAA